AUGAUCCAAAGGACCCGCAACCAGUCAAUCAUGCUAUCCUUACCUUCCAACCAAUUGGCCAAUCACGCUAUCCUUACCUUCCAACCAAUCGGCCAAUCACGCUAUCUCCUUACCUUUCAACCAACCCCUUCGAUUCCGCUUCUGCAGCAGUAUAUAAUCUCGGUCCCUUACCUUGAUGCCUACAGCUCAAUUUGUUUUCCAGUGAUGGCAAGAAUCCGAUCCGCGAAAUACUGCUUUUUCUUUUUUCUUGUGUUGUUUCUGAAUGGCAUCAUAGCUACACGAGGGAAAGCGAUGCUGCCCACUCUGCCGCAAAAGGGGGCCGCUUUCUUCCCCCCCAAAAUGCCAGUUCCACCAUCAGGGCCCAGCAAGCAGCAUAAUUCUGCUCCUCGAUCGGACUUCGUGCAAUUCUUUUAUAUGUAA